AGCAGGUUAGCUAUUUAACUUCAACUAUUACAUGUCUUCGUUAUUUAUUUCCACAUUUUCCACACGAAUCCGCCUCAAUUAGUUGUUGUUUUUAUAGGCGCACAAGAUCUUGUGCAGACCAAUAAAAAAUUCUGGAAAACAUGUUUGAAAACAUAAGUUUUCUGUUCCUGUUUGCAAUGGCUUUUUUCUCCUGGGCUGUACUCUGCCUUCAGCACGCGGUCGAGAUCCAGAGACGCGCUGCCUCCGAUUAUCGCGUGGAAAUGUCCACAGAGCGGCCCGGUAUUACGUUUGAGCCGCACGUGCUCCACAAAACAUCAGAAACAAGUCCUCUAAGCGGCGCCUUCGACAUCGCUAUGAGCUUCUGGAUGAUACUCGCCCUAACCUUUGCCCUGUCCAAGCUCCUUCAACUGGUUGAGCGGCAGGUCAAAAUGUACCUCAAGAGCCACGAGACGCGUAAACCGGGAAAAGCCUUGACGGGGGAUCCUGCCGUGGAGCAGAUGGAAGAAGAAGAAACUAUGGAUCCGGUGAUGGUGGAAGAGAAUACAGCUCUGAGAGAGCAACUGGGAGUUCUUCACACCCACUGCUUGGAGAUGCGCGAGUUGCUGCACGAGCUGCGGCUGAGCAAAAGCUCCACUAGCCAGGAAAGUGCUCAACCCGGAGAUCAGGUCGUAGUGACGGUGAAGCAGGGAACGAGCUCCAUACCAGAAUCGGUGUCCGCUUCAACCCAGCCGCUUCACAGGAUACCGGAUUUUUGUCCCCUUUCGACCGACUCCUCCCAGCACAGCCAGAACAUCUAUAUCACAAAUAGACACAUCCACAUCAGGGGGCCUGUUUUCUGCUUGGACAACAUCUUUAGCGUGGAGCUCUGCCGGCAGGCAUCGUUGUACGCGCGAAAGCAGAGCGAGUUCCUCCAAGUGUGGGGAAAAUACAUCACUGAACGCAAGGAGCGCCCCAUGAUACCGGGCAUGCGUUGCAACAACAUCCUUCUGUAAUGAAUGCCAAAAAAUUGAUCGAAGUACGCUUAAUAAACAAUGGUUUAAUUCAUUAAGCUUA